CCCCCCCCCCCCCCGACCCAAACAUCACCCAGAGUCUGGCCCUCCUCCGGCUUUGACCGUUAUGACACCGUGGCCUCUGUUGCUGUGACGCGGGCAACCCAACGCCAUUGAGCCCCUUCCAGAACCGGCUGUGUCCCCCACCAGCACCGCACCUGUCAUUAUUUCCCUUCCAUCACUCUGGAGAUAGACUCUUGCUUGGUUGAUUAGUUUUGAUUGUCUUCCCAACAUCAAUCCUAUCACGCUCGCAAAAAUGGAACGCGAAUUCUCUCCAGUUGACUCCCUUGCCAGUACGCCGGCACCGGAGCUUGCCUUGCUCACAGUCUCCCCGGCCGACACUUCAUUAGAGGACCCAUCUAUGAAGACGGACGAUGGCAAAUCCGAUGAGAAGAGGCCUGUGAAGAAGAGAAAGUCCUGGGGCCAGGAGUUGCCGGUUCCCAAGACCAACCUGCCACCAAGGAAACGGGCCAAAACGGAGGAUGAGAAGGAGCAACGUCGCAUCGAACGUGUACUUCGCAACCGUGCAGCAGCGCAAACCUCCCGCGAGCGCAAGAGGCUCGAAAUGGAGAAGCUAGAGAACGAGAAGAUUCAGAUGGAGCAACAAAACCAAUUUCUCCUCCAGCGGUUGACCCAGAUGGAAGCCGAGAACAAUCGUCUGAACCAACAAAUCGCUCAACUAUCCGCUGAGGUCCGGAGCUCUCGUGGAAACACUCCCAAGCCCGGUUCUCCCGCCACGGCCUCUCCCACUCUCACCCCGAUUCUGUUCAAACAGGAACGUGAUGAAAUCCCCCUCGAACGAAUCCCCUUUCCGACUCCAUCUCUUACCGAUUACUCCCCAACCCUCAGGCCUUCCACUCUGGCUGAGUCCUCCGACCUGACACAACAUCCUGCAGCGGUGUUGUGCGACCUGCAGUGUCAGUCGUUGGACUGGAAGGAGAAGGAAGCGCCCUCUCCCUGUUUGACCUCGGGUCAAACGCUGAGUCUCAUGCUGCCGAUGAUGUUGCAGCUCCUCUUUCUGACGACGACUUCCACCGCCUAUUCAACGUUGAUUCACCCGCUGGCUCAGAUUCUUCAGUCCUUGAAGAUGGGCUCGCCUUUGACGUUCUCGACGGAGGAGAUCUAUCGGCAUUUCCAUUUGAUUCUAUGGUUGAUUUCGACCCCGACUCUGUCGGCUUCGAAGGCAUCGAGCCGCCCCACGGUCUUCCGGAUGAGACUUCUCGCCAGACUUCUAGCGUGCAACCCAGCCUUGGCGCGUCCACUACGCGAUGCGACGGGCAGGGCAUUGCAGCUGGCUGUUAGCGAGGGGUUCUUUAAGGUAGACGCAUCGGCCGCCGAUGCUGGGAAAGUCCAAUGGAGCUGGGAGUCCUUGUUGACCUUGGCGUGGACGAUAGACCUGCUCGAAAAGCCAGGACGACGGAAACGAAUCUUGAGUGGUUUGAAAUCGGCGCGUAAAGGACGGCGCAGUCAAUUUGGGAAGUCUCACAGGAGCACACGGAGUUCAUGGAGUUCAGAUGGCACCCGCGAGGCGUUGACGUCUCUGCUUAUGGGCAAACAUCUCUGAGGAUUUGGCUGUAUUACUACAAUCUUUUUUAUAAUCAUUCUAGAAGGAAAUAUACCUUGGCAGUGAAUCGUCUGCCUCAUCCUUGAACAUCUGUUUUCCGUAAGUGCUGGGGCCGGCAAGGUCGCCCAGAGGCGUGUAGAGCGAAGCCAACCAGCAGCCCUGCAGCCCUCCGGUCAGGUGACUGGGUUCGCCUCUUCCUUCUGUACGUAGCCUAGUUAGCAUCACCUCUCUCUAGCUACAGAAAGGGGGGAAUAGUUAAGUUAUAGGUGGUGUCCACG